AUGUUUAAAGGAAUUGCCAGUGCAUGCAGCGCAUGUUUUCGAUAUAGAAAGACCAAUGUUACUACAAUGUUACUGGUCACAUAUGCAGUAGUUGUGGUUCUUUAUUUAAAUAAUAAUUUGUUGCGCAAAAAUGAGUUACUACCAACUGAUAAUGAGUCAGUAAGAUUACUUGAAAGUGCGUGGUCGGACUUACAGAAUAUAACGUACAAGCCUCAUCCAUAUACGUCGCAUGCUAACGAUGUUGUACAUGAUUACCUACUUCACAGAGUUAAAGAAAUGGUUAGUAACACUACAUUUUGUGAGAUUUCUGACGAUUAUGAAUCCCAUAGAUCUAUUUUAUUCUCACAGAAAGACGUUUUCAAUGCAUCUUCACAGAAAUCGUCUGUGAUAUACUUUGAAUCGUCAAACAUACUGGUGAAAAUACAAGGUAAAAAUGAUAAAAGUACCGCAGAAGGGUUAUUAUUAUCAGCCCAUUUCGAUUCUGUUCCAACCGCAAAUGGUGCUACAGAUGAUGGUAAAGGUGUAGUGUCCAUUUUGGCUCUGCUCGAUUAUUACUCUAAACACCAACCUGAAAGAACUAUUAUCAUCAACCUCAAUAACAAUGAAGAGUUUGGUUUAUUAGGUGCACAUUCAUUUUUUGAUCAUCCAUGGGCAAAGCUAACCAAAUAUUUUAUCAAUUUAGAAGGCACAGGCACAGGAGAAGGGAACUCCAUAUUAUUCAGAACAACCAAUGUUUUAACUGCAAAUUUAUACAAAUCUGCAGUAAAAAUGUUACCGUUUGGUAAUUCAAUUUUCCAACAGGGAUUUAAUCAAAGAUUAAUCCACAGUGAGACAGACUAUAAAGUGUAUGAGGCCAACGGUCUGUUGGGCUGGGAUAUCGCAUUUUAUAAACCAAGAAGUUUGUAUCACACAGCAAGGGAUAAUAUUCAAAGUACGUCGAGAUCUGCACUUUGGAAUAUGUUAUCAACAACUUGGCAAUUAAGCAAUCAUGUUUCAAAUAUCCAUACUAUCAAGGAGAAUGAUAAUUCAAAAGAUCCUGCAAUCUUUUUUGAUAUUUAUAGAACCAUAUUUUUCGCAUUCUCAGCUAAAUGGUUGUUUGUGGUGAAUAUUCUUUUAUUAAUUAUUUUCCCUCUAUUGUCUUUGUCACUGAAUGUCUUAGCUAGAAAACGAAAUAUGCUUGUUUCUGCUCCUAUUUUCAGUUGGCUAGAGUUCCCUAUAAUUGUAUCCUUUUCAAUUUUUCUUCUAAUAGUAAUGGAAAAGGAUGUAAUUAAGAAGAAUCCUUAUAUUGUAUCCCAUAGCUUUAUUGGUUUACUUUUAUUUUUCGUCGUGCAAUACAAUUUUGUCAACCUAAUUCUAGCACAGGUUUUAAAAUUAAUUACUAAAAAAAACGUAUUAAAAGAUAUAAUAUUUAUAGAAUUGAUGAUUCUUUCAUGGUUCUUUUUAUUGGGAAGUACAGUUAUGUUAAAAUUGACCAACUUUAAGAGUACUGGGGUGUAUCCAAUUACAGGUGUGUUUAUCAGUAUCAGCUUCACGGUAUUAAUCCACGGCAUACUACUUUUAUUUUCCCCAAGGAAAAACAAUGGUCAUAAUUUUUUGAAAACUAUACCUAAUGCCAGUACAAAUGAAUCUGCUAACUCGAAUGAUGGAGGUUAUGGUACUCGGGAAGAAUCAAACAUACAAGCUACAUCACCUGAUAAUGAGGACUGUAUCCUGGAGCAUGAAUCAGUAUCGAAUAUUGAUGAGAGGGCGCCUUUAUUAUCUGUCUCUAACGACACUAAUGAUGAUGAUAAUAUUGACAGUAUCCAAGAUCAUAUUGUAAUUGUCCCAGAUGAGAGUGGUAUAGCGAAACAUUACGAAUGGUUACUACAAUUUUUAAUCCUUGUACCUAUUACGUUUAUAUUCUUCCAGGCUGUAGUUGAUUGUUUGUCUGGGUUGAACCAAACAGUCCAGGAAUCGGAUGACUCCUUUAACCUGGUAUACAGCGGUAUUAUUUGGUGUUCUGUAAUAUUAAGUCUCCUAGUUUUACCAUUUAUGUCAAAAAUAGGAGGUCGUGUUACCGCACUUCUAUUUGGGGUUUGUUUGGUCUCUGCUAUUUAUUUUACUACUAUUGAGUCAUUUGACUGGGGUACUCCACUAAAAGUUAGGUUUUCUCAAAACAUUAAUGGGACUGUAGAAAUAACAGGAAGAAUUGAUAUGGUAAAAGAAUUGAUAUUUGAUCUUCCAAGUUAUAAACGUGAAAACUUUGCAAAUAUCAAGGGUGGUGUGACCUGUAGCUAUGGAGAUAUAGGCGUUUGUUAUUAUAAAGGAAUGUUACCUACAGUUUUACCUUAUAAGGACAAUAUUUCCAAUAAUAGAUCAGAAAUUCUAUCAGUUGAUAUUGUUGAUAAUGACAGAUUAUCACCGGACCGUUCUAAAUAUGCGCCAAUCAAUGCUGAUAUAAGAAUAAAUGUGCCAAAUAAUAGAGCAUGUGUGAUAUCUUUCAAUUCAACGAACUCGCCCUCAGCAGUAUCCGCAGUCAGAAAGAUCACAGUUUUCAACGAGUAUUCAAAUGCGACAGAUUCUGGAAAAAAAUUGACAUACAAAUCGAAAAACGAUAUUAAUGAACUGCAACUACACAAAUUAAAUUUUACAAGUGGAAGUUAUGUGAUUGGAAUUCAAUGGUUUCCAAGAUUACUAUGGGAUAAACAAUUUAAGACAUCCCACGCUAGUAAUUCUGAGGAUUCUUUAGGACUUAAUAUAAAGUGUUUCUGGGGAGACUAUGAAUCAGAUACAUUAGUCGGUGGUUCACGAACACAUAUGAUACCUGCUUAUGAAGAGUUACUAGAUUAUGCACCAUUAAAGUAUACUAUUACAAAUAAAGAGAAGGGCUUAGUGGUUGCCGAUCAAUAUAUCGAAUUGUAG